UGAAGAUGAAGCAGAUGUAGACGUGAAAUUAGCAAGCGGCGGAGAUUUGGAGAAAGUAUCUAUAAGCCCAAGUUCCUGUACACCAACAAGCAAGGAGAAAGGAAGCAUUAAAGAAACACCUAAAAGUUCAAAAAAGUUUGUGAUGAGCUUGGAACAAAGAAAAAAUUUUGUUUGCCAAAGUGGAAUUGAACCUAGGGAUUUCAUGCCCCGAUGCUCACCACUGAUCAAGCCACAGAGACUCUAUGGUGGAAGAUUGGAUACAUGUAUAGAUUUCAACUUCCAGCACAUAGAACAGCUUCAAUCGAUGAUGAAUUGUUGAAGUCCUUUCAGCCUCAAAUUGUGGCCAUUGGUGAACAAUUUGAUUUUGAUAAACUAAUUAUCAUCUAUGAGGGCAUUAUUCUAUGCAGCAAACCACAACAAAGCAUUGUAAAUAGCAUUGUGGCUUUGCUGUCAUCAUUUUAUAUAUUCAAUAUGUGGUGUAUAAAGACAGCAAAGCCAUAUUGUCCUUCCUAGAGCAGGCCCUAAUGGGUAUUGGCCAAGGUCAUACUUUGCUGAAUGUCAGCACUUUCUUUAACCCUGUAACUCCCAUGAGUGACCAAGAGAAAACUUCUCCUUACAAUCUCAGCACAAUUUCAAGUAGAAAAGUGAUGAGAAUAAAGCAGAUUAUGAUCUAGGAGACUUUAAGUUGAUCCAAUACUAAAUUCUCCCAAAUAAUAUCAAAAGAUUGUAUGACAGACAGUAAGAGGAAUUACUAAUACAAUCUUGGGAGUGAAAGGGUUCUUGAAAUUUCAGAAUUAGAAUCAUUGGUAGAAUCUAUUUGUAAUUUCUGUUAGUAUGAAGAAAUGUACAAUUUACAUUGGAUAUUCUCAAU